GCCGAGGCUGGCGUGGGUGAAGAAGGAGGAGGAAAGCCCUGUGGCUACCCCAGCAGAGCACCCUGAGGAGGUGGAGCAGUUCCAGCCCCUGCAGGAGGAUCCAGGACGGGACCAGACACAGGAGCAGGACCAUGGCCGUGGCCGCUUCUGCAGAGUUGAUCAGAGGGUGCGGAAAUCCAAGCCUGUGCGGCGUAGGAAGGCCAAGGCCUCAGCAACCAAGGUCAUGGCACAGCCUGAGCCUGACCCAACUGUGCUAAAGGCCAAGGCUGACCCCCAAGGGACUGAGGGCAUCGCAGACACUGACACAACACCCGCUCAGUGCCUGGCCGAUGAUCCCAGUGUGGAAUUUCUUUCUGAGGGACUCAUCUCUGCUCAAGUCAUCAUAAAGCCAGAGAGAAGCAUGGAGCAGAGACCCCCCAGGGUGCCCAAGCUGGCGUGGGUGAAGAAGGAGGAGGAAAGCCCUGGAUUCCCCCCGGUACAGCACCCUGAGGAGGUGGAGCAGUUCCAGCCCCUGCCGGAGGAUCCAGGACGAGACUGGACACAGGAGCAGGGCCGCACCCGUGGCCACUUCCGCAGAGCAUCACAGAGGGUGCGGAAAUCCAAGCCCGUGCGGCGUAGGAAGGCCAGGACCUCACCAGCCAAGGUCAUGGCACGGCCUGAGCCCAUCCCAACCGAGCUCAAGGCCAAGGCUGACAGUCCAAUGACUGAGGGCAUCGCAGCCACUGUCAGGACACCCAUUCAGAGCCUGCCCGAUGCUCCCAGUCCGGCCUUUCUUGAUGAGGGAGUUGUCCCUGCUCAAGUGCCUGCUGUGGUGAGGUCCAUCCACUGGUGGCUGAGCUCCAAUGUGUCUGCUGGGCACGUGCUGGAUAACACCAUUCUAGCACUGACCCAGGCACACCCCGCGGAUGUCGCCAUCAGCCUCCUGCGCUGUGCCCCCUCCUGUGACAGGUACGGGCCCCAGCUGCCUUGAGGGCUCAGGGCUCCCC